ACGGGAGGUGGUGGCCAUCAAGUGCGUGAACAAGAGGAGCCUCAACCGGACGUCGGUGGAGAACCUGCUGACGGAGAUCGAGAUCCUGAAGACCAUCCGCCACCCGCACAUCGUGGAGCUCAAGGACUUCCAGUGGGACAGCGACCACAUCUACCUGAUCAUGGAGUUCUGCGCUGGGGGGGACCUCUCCCGCUUCAUCCGGAUGCGCAGGAUCCUCCCCGAGAAGGUGGCCCGUGUCUUCCUGCAGCAGCUCGCCUGCGCUCUGAAGUUCCUCCACGACCGCAACAUCUCCCACCUGGACCUCAAGCCGCAGAACAUCCUCCUGAGCGCCCCGGAGAACCCCCAGCUGAAGCUGGCAGAUUUCGGCUUUGCCCAGCACAUGUCACCCUGGGAUGAGAAGCACGUCCUGAGGGGCUCCCCACUCUACAUGGCCCCCGAGAUGGUGUGCCGCCAGCAGUACGAUGCCCGGGUGGACCUGUGGUCGGUGGGCGUCAUCCUCUACGAAGCACUUUUUGGGAAGCCACCCUUUGCCUCCCGCUCCUUCGCCGAGCUGGAGGAGAAGAUCCGCAGCGACCGGGCUGUGGAGCUUCCCAGCCGGCCCCCGCUCUCCCCAGAAUGCCGGGAUCUCUUAGGACAGCUCUUGGAGAGGGACCCGUUGAAACGCAUCUCCUUCCAGCGCUUCUUCGCCCACCCUUUCGUGGAUAUGGAGCACGUCCCCGGCCCCGAGAGCCUCUGCAAGGCGACCAACCUGGUGGUGGAGGCGGUGAAGAAGGACCAGGAGGGGGAUGCUCCUGCUGCCCUCUCCCUCUACUGCAAAGCCCUGGAGUAUUUUGUACCAGCUCUGUACUAUGAAAGCGAUGCUCGCCGGAAAGAAGCCAUCCGGGCCAAGGUGGGGCAGUACAUCUCCCGAGCAGAGGAGCUGAAGGCGGUGGUGACCUCCAGCAGCAAGAACCUCCUGCAGCGAGGGAACCCAUCCAGAGAGAUCCUUAAAGAGAUGGCCAAGGACAAGCCUCGGCUGGUCACCGCCCUGGAAAUGGCUUCUGCUGCCAUGGCCAAGGAGGAGGAAGGCAAAGACGAGGGGGACACCCUGGAGCUCUACCAGCAGAGCCUGGAGGAGCUGCUGCUCCUUCUGGCUGCGGAGCCGGCGGGGAGGCGACGGGAGCUGCUCCACGCCGAGAUCCAGACCCUGAUGGGCCGAGCUGAGGAGCUGAAAAAUCAGAUGAAGCAGCGCCUGGUGGCAGGUUUAAUUGACCACGAAGAGAAGGGACCCCUUCAACGGAGAUUCCCCCCCCCCAUCCCUCCAUCCUUCAUUUAUUUCCGCGCUUUAACGAACGGCUCAUUUAAGGCUUUGGCCGUUGGGGGAAACCACUCGCCCCGCGCCCACCAGCAGAAGGUGGCCUGA